AGUCUCAUUGGUUUGGACUCUCUGGUUUUACGCCUCUGUUUGCUUUGUGGUUGAGCUGAAACCACGUCACAGAUGAAGAAAAGAACACAGACUAUAAAGGGUAUUUGGAUUUUGAGUUUGGCUAUCAACUGUGACUGGACGACGGAGUAUGAAUUUAAAGGGAAAUGUUGCAAGACCUGCCCUUCAGGUGAAUAUCCCAAAGGUCACUGUAAAGAAAACAACAGUGACAGUGUGUGUGAGAGAUGUCAAAAAAACGAUGAGUAUAACUGUUUUUGUGAAGGUGAGAUAUUAUGCAAGGACAAUACAUGUUCUGAGUGUGUACCCAAAGAAAAGUGCAAACCAGGAUAUCAGCUGAUAAGAGAGGGUAACUUUGUGUACACUUACCAGUGUGUUCCAUGUCCAAACAACACGUACAAUGAUGCUGAGGAUAACAAGUGUAAACCUUUUGCAAAGUGUGAUGGCUUGCGUGUGAGCUUCCCUGGAAACAGUACCCACAAUGCAAGAUGUGACACUUAUGAUCACCCAGAAAAAGGAGAAAAAAGAAGCCAGUCUUCUCAUCCUAUUAUGACGGCUUGUUUAACAAUCACUGUGUUUAUCUGCCUGGUACUUAUCAUGCAUACUGCUUUUCAAACUUUCAAACACAGGAGGCACAGAAAAAAAAGCCAACCAUGUACUCAUAGGAUGGUUUUACCCUCAGAUGCAUGUAACUGCCAACUAUCCAAGGAGGAAAUUGGUGAUGACAGAGACUCCAAGACAGCCUUGGAAAUCUCUCUCAAUUGCGAUGUCCUCAGUUGUCCUUGAAAGCUCUCUGUGAUUUGAUGAACAGUCAAUGGAAAAGUUUCUCUUCAAUUUUGACUGAAUGACAACUGGAUUGCAGCAUAACAUCUUUGAAAAUCAGUUUUUAAUUUAUGUAAAGAUGAACCAAAUAAUGCAGCUUUACAGAUCAUAGAUGGUCUCUUUGCCUGUGGAAGGAAUAAACAAGAGUUUAUUCAUUGGUGACUCUAUUCAACUGCACAAAGUUCUCAUCGAUUCAAUUCCAAUAAGGAUUCAUGUAAGAAGUUGCAAAGAAGAAAGUAGCAAAAGGUGGUGUGAUUUUGCUAUGAUUAAACAUUUGCUCUCCGAGGCUGAUUUAUCCAAGAGGAUGUUUACUGUUCACAUUUAUCUGCUAUUUGCUACCUUCUAAGUGAAGGAUAGACUUUCAGAUUUUAAAAAGAGUAGGUAACAGCAGAUACAGAAUUUUGUAAUUAUGUAACUUAUGUACUUAAACAUUAUGUAAGUAGGCCUAAUUCAAUUUUAACUUCUUGUAAAAAUAUAAUUCUUCAUGUUUGAGUUGUCUUAUUGUAUUGAUAUUUUUUAUUAUUUCUGAUUGCCUGUAAUUAUGUAGGGUGGUAAGCUAUAUUUGUCUCUUUGAAGAUCUGUAAGGUUUA